CACCGCCUUCGCUCUACAGAAUUUAUGACCGGCAUGGCCUUGGCCGACACAAACGAGACUGGCGAAGCGUAAAAAUAUAGAACGGAGAGAAAGCCCAGUAGAGGAAAGGGGGACAGAAAAAAGAGAAACAAAAUGCAGGGAACAGUGAGGAAAGAAGCAAUGGAGAGCAUUACAGAGAGGCUAUCGGCGAUGGAAAAUCUCUACUUCCCUCGUGCUCUUCAAUCCAACGCCACUAAUCCCUCCCACCGCAAGUCUCUUCUCGUUGACCUCCUCUCCAGAGACGCCGCCGUUUUCCUAGAGAGAUAUGGAGCGAAAUUGACAUGGGAAGAGCUUGAGGAAUUCGAUAUGCUAGACAAUGACUACGAGAUAAAUUGGCACCUCAAGAAUCUGAGAAGCAAAGUGAGUCCAACUUCUGAGGAGUUGAAAUCAAGGUCGGUGAAGGUCAAGAACAGGAGGCUCGCUUACUUGAAUAAAUUGAUACAUGACGGCACCUACUUCUCUGAGGAUGCUAUGAGGGAGAGAGAGCCAUAUUUGCAUCACGAGUUUGUGGGUAAGUUUCAGGAUCAGAGUGCCAGAGGCAUGGCGAGGCCGGGGGAGCGGUGGUCUGAGACGUUGAUGAGGAGGUCUGAGGAGGCUAUUUUGGUUUCUAAGAUUAGGGCAGAGCAGCAGAGGUUGGGUGUGGCUGAGAGGGAUUGGGUUGGUAAAGAAAUGAACCAACAAGAAGAGGAAGAGGAAGAGGAAGAGGAAGAGGAAGAGGAAGAAGAAGAGGAGGAAGAGGAAGAGGAAGAGGAAGAAGAGAAUGAAGAAGUGAAGAAGGCUCAUGGUGGUGUGCACUCCACUGAGAUGAUCAAUACGAAUGGUGCGCAGCCGAGCAGAGAGCAGCACAAUGAGGGGGCAAUUAUAUCCCAAGAAGAGAAGGAAGACAUGAUGAAUCAAUUUACCUACAUCAUGCACCAAAAAUUUCUUUCUGGGGAAGAUCAUCAACACUUGGAUUACUCAAAAAUAGAUGAUGAUGAGACCUUGGAUGAUCACUGGCUUAGGGAAGCCAGCCAUGAUGCAGAAGAUAAGUAUUUUGCUGAAGAUGAUUAGGAUGAUCAGGUGCAGCUGCCUUGACUCUGUUUCAAACCCUUUGUACAAUUUAGAUUUUGUUUCUGUAGAUUUGCUUUUGUAGAUAUGCACCUUGUCCUUCCCUUUUGAGUAAAUGAUAUAAUCUGUGUCAUGUUAUAA